CUAAAACAUAAUACAGUGCAAACAAACCAAACCAACCACCCACAGAUAAUAGUACAUACAAGCAAGCGUCGUCAGGCAGGCCGGGUCAAUAUCAAUAGGGCAGGUAGGUACAGGGGGAGCAAGCGGAGAUGGGUCGGGGUCACAGGCCAGGUUCAGCAGGUAGCAAGCAGCGUGGUACAGAGGGUCAGGCAGAGGGAUGGUCAGGAGCGAGCCGGGAUCAGAGCAGGAGAAGUCAGCAGCGGUUCAGAUCAGGCAGGGUCAGCAAAGGAACAGAAACAGGAUGCAGGACAGAUACAGGGCCCAGGACAAACACAACACCAAGGCAGAGUCUGCAAGUCUGGCCAU